CCAUGGAACACCUAAUAUCCUUGAAAACGACUACUAAAGACUACGAGCGUCACAUAGUCAACCGUUCCAAGUCGGCUUCGAAAAGCUCUUCAGUUCCAGUUUCGAAUAUAUUUCUUUCACCGCCCAUAAGUUACACAACGAUCCUUUAGGGACUAUACUCUCAACCAUGAGACAUCCUUUAGCUAUGAUUCUUCUGGUGGGCAGUAGCCUUGCCAGUCAUUACCCUCUCCGGCAAGUUUUCCCGGUGUCAUCAUCUCUGUCCGACUUCCCAACCGCCGCUUCAACUUCACCCCAGAGUGUAUCUACUCUCUCUGUCACGGCUUCCGGGGCCAUACCUAUCUCUACGGCUUCAAGCGCAAAGUGUGGCAAGGGCUACACUUACUGCGGUUAUAUGCUGCAGUCAGGAGGACACAAUUUUGCCCCUGAGGUCAUUAACAAGACUUAUUGUGAUGCACUCGACGGGGCCUGUGUCGAUGGUAUUCCCAGUACCAGUACAGGGCAAGCCGUAUUCUUGUGUAUGAACGAUAGUCCCACGAGCAUUCAGCUAUUCUGCGCCUGCGGUGGCAAGUGCCUGAAUGAGGCAUCGACCAGCAACAUCGCUCAUUGCGACAAGCCAUGUGUGGAUGGAUCAAAAUGCUCAUGAACGCUUCCAGGCCAUAGCCUGAGGUAAUGAUGGUAUGACAUCGUGUAGCGUUUGAGGAAUUGGUUUAAAUCAAUCACAUUUCUUGCCUCUCUUUGGCGUUGUUAGACAUGUGCCCCCUGCAGAAAUCAGAUCGAAUACUCAAUGGCUGGUUAUUCUACAAACAUGUUACACCGUAUGAUAGUCACAGUAUUUCUUGCACGAAAGCCUAAC